UUGUCAGGACUGUUUACAGGAAACAUGGCUUCCCGGUCAGUUGGAGAGCUCCAAGAAAUGGAAGUGGACAGAAGGGGUGAGUCUGAGGAGUCUGGUGAUGAUGAGACCAGAAGAAGGAGUAUCAAUGGCGAUGUUGACCCCAAUCAGCCCUCUUCCACAAGUAAAGAAGAGUCUCCUGUUGACAUGGACACCAUAACCUUGGACCCAGAGGAAGAGGAUGUUGAUCUCGUUCAUUGUCGUAUUGGUAAAAUUGAAGGACUGGAGGUGCUACAGAAGGCUAAAACACUGUCCUUACGGCAGAAUCUCAUCAAAAAGAUAGAAAAUCUUGAAAGUUUGAGCUCCCUUCGGGAACUAGAUCUCUAUGACAAUCAGAUCCGCAAACUUGAGAACCUUGAAAACCUCACAGAAUUGGAGCAACUCGACGUGUCUUUUAACAUUUUGAGGAAAAUCGAGGGUUUGGAGCAGUUGACUCAGUUGAAGAAAAUUUUUCUGCUUCACAACAAAAUAAGCAGCAUUGCCAACCUGGAACACUUCACGUGCCUGGAAAUGCUGGAGCUGGGCUCCAAUCGCAUUAGGGUCAUAGAGAAUCUGGAUUCACUCUCUUCUUUGCAAAGUUUGUUUCUUGGAACCAAUAAAAUAACAAAGCUCCAGAAUCUGGAGGGCUUACACAAUCUGACAGUUUUAAGCAUUCAGAGUAACCGGAUUACUAAAAUUGAGGGUCUACAGAACCUUGUUAACCUAAGAGAGCUCUAUCUGAGCCACAAUGGCAUUGAGGUCAUUGAGGGAUUGGAAAACAAUAAAAAGCUUACAACUCUGGACAUUGCAGCCAAUCGAGUAAAGAAAAUUGAAAAUAUCAGCCACCUGACAGACCUACAGGAGUUCUGGAUGAACGAUAAUCAGAUAGAUAACUGGUCGGACCUUGAUGAGUUGAAGAAUGCUAAGUCCCUGGAGACGGUCUACCUUGAAAGAAACCCUCUACAGAAGGAUCCACAGUACCGGCGAAAGAUCAUGCUGGCGCUGCCCACUGUUCGCCAGAUCGACGCUACCUUCAUUCGCUUCUGAGCCGCAGUGAAGCGUACAGCUGGCAAAUUCAGUGUCCACCCCUCAGUCACCAACCUGCUUGCCCGCCUUCAAAUACAAAGUUCAUUCUGGAACACUCCAGCCUCACUGAAUCAUAGUCAGUCCAUUCACACACAUAGAUCCCAACAUCAAAUCCACCCAUAGCUCACUCAACAUACAUGUAUGCAUGUAUGCACUAAUUCACACCUCAGUCUAAACUAUUGUGUGAAAGCUUAUUUAUUAAUUAAGCUGAAUAUAAACUGUGAAAAGGAAUUCAAACAGUCACAUAUGCCAAUUUUCUUAAUUUUCGUCUGCAUCUUUUUAUUUUUUUUUAUUUCUUUAUUUUUGCAUGAAGACACAGAUGGAUCAUCUUUUCUCACUCAUCCAGUGCCCAUUAGGAAAAACAGGAGUCACUUUUUACACGUUGUUGAAGUUGCACUGUUAACAGAUGUGAGGAAGACUGGUUAAUCAGAGAGAUGUUAUGUUUGAUUUAUCCUCUUGAUUGGACUGGGUGAUUUUUUUUUCUCACAAAGUACAAAGUGGGCUGCACAUCAAGAAGAGUCUAUAAUAAAAACUAAUUCACUUAUUUUAACUUAAACAAUAUUAAUCCUGUCUUUUGGUUGAAACAAGCAUCUUGAGUGAGUCUCUGAACAUAAAUAGAGAUGCUGAAAAUACAUCAGUGUUGACAAGCAGGUUUAAAUCAGGUCUGGAAAGCAGUACAAGCUUGAUUCUUAUCAGAGGAAAAAGAAGAAACAGAUUACUGAUUCAAGUAAACUCGUAUUGUUAUCAACAAGGGUCCAAUUUCCCUCGCUUAGAUCAUUUAUGGCCCAUUUUCUGAUUAAUUUCAGUGAUCUCUGUUGUAAAAUAAAGCUCAUAAAAAUAUAAAAAUCAUUUAAUGUGUCUAUAAAAUGCUUUUAUUAUGAGUGGUACAUUCCCAACCUUCCUCUUUCAAUUUUAAGUCCUGAUUUUUACAUCUAGGUUUCAAAUUGGACUUUGCAAAAUGUGUUCAUAAAUAUUAUUUGACCUGAUUAAAGUAAAAUGUAGAUUUUUUUUAAAGUUAAAUUAAUAACAGCAGGACUGGUCUCCUCAGACAGUUGGCACUGACAAUUCCAAAUAAGAUAUUUUAUGGCACUAAACUUGACACAUUAUCUAAUAUUUUCAUUUGGUUAUCUGUAUUGCUUAAAACAGAUAUAUAUUUAAGAAGUUUACCGCUUUAAAAUGAAUUAAUUUUCUUAUGCCCCUCUGUAUAUAAUGCUUGUGUGCACUCCCAGUAAUAAAAACGCAAUGCAGUUUUUAUAUGGAAAUGGAAAUGAACUCCCACCUCAGGUUUUAAAAGCUCACAUAUGAAGCAUCAGAUUUACAAUAUGUGCAUUGCAAGGUUUACAUGGAGAAGACCAAACCAAGUGCUUUCUGUGUAAUAUAAGAUACUGACCAUUAUCAACCAGUAGGCAGAAAACAAGUUAUAAUACCGUAGUUUGUACUGUAACACAAAAUUAGCUGUUUUUUCAAAAGAAUUUAAGUGAUAACACUUUUAAAUUGAAAUGUCCAUGGUUAAAAUCAAAACUCAACUCUAGAACAUCUAAGAGCCCUUAUAAGACUAUCAGCAAAAGUGAAAGACAUUGUGCAUUAUUAAUAUGAAUGUAUUGUUAUUUUAUAUCCAGCUUUAAAUAUCAUUGGUUUACACCUGGCCAGUGGGAUUACAAGCAUCACUUUGUGAAUUUUGUAAAUAUGGUUUGGACAUAUGAUGUAGAAAGUCAGUGCCAUCUUCACCUCCCCUCUGUAUGGUAAAAUCUCUUUUUUCUUGUUUUUGCCAGGAAGCACUAAAGAAUUUUGUGCGAUAUCAUCGUUAGGAUACCUCAACCUUUGAUGGUUGCUGACUGGGCAAUUACUCGAUUGCUAGUAGUUCAUUGUUGUUAGAACUGAUUCUUCAGGUUUUGGAUUUGGUUGGAGCUGUUUUCAAACUGAAUGUAUUAUGCAAAUAACAAUAA